AGCUUCGACUUUUUCCACCUCGCCCUUGCAGUUCUGUUCCCCCAACAUCCAAUCCCGACAGAAAAAGUCUUUCGUUUCCCAAAUACCCUUCCCACUCAGUCAUUCUUUUGACCCUCCAUCCUGCUCUCUUUCUAUCACAAGUCACACUCUUUACUCGACGGUCGAUUCGUCGUGGUACCGCACAGUCGAAGCUAUCCACUCAUUCACCAAUCCCAGUGUUUACGCUGCCUUUUUGUCACCCAUCGCCUUCACUCACUAACACGACUUUCAUUGAGCGGACUGCGUCCUGCCUGACCAGAAAUUCUUCACUUUCAUUCUUUACAACGACCUCGUUUUGAUCCAAUCUAAAGGUGUUCGGGCGGAUCAAACUCUACUACCGCGUCACCACAACACCAAACAAACCGCAAGCCGAAAUCCCAUAAACAAACGCACAAGCCGCCGAUCUACCCUUGCAUUGGCGAUCGCAAAUACUUCUUGAAUCUCGCGCCCGCGACUGUGUCUGAAAGAUAUUUGAACCUCCCUUCGAAAACAUCUCCAGCAAUAACUUCGUCCACGAUGUCUAUCUCUCGAGCAUUUACCAAGCGCGUCAAGCGCAACCUUGUGGACCAAGCACCAUUGCAACGUGGCACAACAGUUAGAUAUGCUCCUGGCACCAUUGAUCGCAACCUCAUCUCUUUGCCAACCGAGUUGAUCUCUACGACCAACGUGCAGGCAUUGACCGCGCCAGACAUUCGCAGCAUCUCUGGGUCGUCCUCAGGCUCAGUUUCGUCGGUCAACGACUCCGAUUUCUCAACCAUCGACCGCAGUUUUCUCAACAGUCCGGGUAAUGACAAUUCUUCCAUCGAUAGCAGUGGCCCUGCCACUCCUGUGACACCUGCGACUGAAGACGCCAAGUCAUUCUUCGAUUUGAAACAGACCACUCCCCUUCUCCCAUCCAUUGCUUCGCCAACCUUUGACAUACCUGUUGUCCCGCAACGAGCUCCAUCUCAUUCGAAGAAGGCACAUGUUGAUUUAUCGCGGAAGCGCUCGAUUCAACGAAUGUCGCCACCUCCUGUCAACAUUGUCCAACCGGCCAUCCGAAGCACUGUCGACUCACCUGUGGAGACCCGCCACCCUUUCGGCAGAGAACUGGCACAGGUAAACGAGGUCGCCGAAGAGUUCGGUGCCACCGCAAGGUUACUCGAUGAGGAAGAACAAGAAAUUCUGGGCAAGGGACUUUACAAAUUUGGGGUAGAAGACUAUCUCGACGAAAUCGCUGGCUUGUAUGGCGGCAUCUUCGAGGACAAGCUCGGGUCAGUGGCGAAGCCAUGGCUAUAAAGAUCCCCAAGGAAUUGGGAUCUCUCUCGCAUUCAUGACCUUACGACCUUGGAGUUGAGUGCCGCAUCAGGCACAGUUUCUUACACAUACAUUGCGACACGGCGAGAUAUGGAGUUGCUUUGGGGCUGUGGUACACUUCACGAGGGCUCUUUCAGACUGGAUACCGUCUCCAGUUCACUCUUUUCCAACCCUUUUUUUUUUCCGGAGGAGCGGUCACUUCUGUCUCGAGGGACAUUGGGGGAGGGACCGGGCAAGGCAAUAUCACACUAAGGCACAAAUAUGGUGAUAUGGCGUGUGCUUGAUGUUUGUUCAAAACCUUGAAUGGUAAUCUUGAUCAUACCGCAAGAUGUUGAAGCUGGAGCAAGAGUGCGUUGAGAUAUGCAGGCCACAAGAUUGUGUUGACUUGUUGAAGCUGCUGUCGGGAACGGACAGGGGACACAUCUCGAUGGAGAGAAAUUCUGUACAACUUUAUCAGUGCUGAGAUAGAACUGGUGAUAUGGAGCUAUCCACCAACAGAAAAACAAACAAAUCCAUACAAAGCAACUAUGUUGAGUUCCUUGAUCUCUCUGGUGCAAGUAUAUGUGCGGCGCGGUUCCUGAGGGCUUUGGAUGCCUCAGUAUACGCAAGCUUCCAGUCUGAAGAUCGUUGC